AGAGAGAGAGGCGCUACCUGCUAUUGGAGGAGCACCUGGGAUUGAUGAGGCGCGGCGGCCAAUGAGACUGCGCGGAUCGGAUGAACGGGCUCCAGUUAAAGGGGGCGUAAGCGGAGAUAGAGCCAGUCCACGGAGAAACAGGGACCCUCCGCGAGAAAAACACACACACACACACACACACUUUACACAAUCACACUUUUUGUGUUCCUGCGAGCCAGGGAGACGAUGCUCCAACUGAAGCCUCGCUCUGCGCAGGAGACCCUGACAGUAAGAUUAUCAUUUAAAGCCUUAAGUUUUUAGAGGAAAAGCAUCAUUUUCAAGAAGAGAGGACACAAGAAAACUCUUCGUUUUCUUUUCAUUGGAUUUUUUUUCCUCAUUUAUUUUUGGCCACCAGUCAGGUAGUAGAAGUCAAUUUUGUCCGUUAAGUUUUGGUUGUUUUUGAAGAUGAGCGGAGCUGCGAUGGUGUUUUUAGAGCUGGACUCGUUGCCUGCCAGCAUCAUUUGAUUUUUCUCCCCGUUGUAUAUUCAAGCUUUGAGUUGCCUAAAAGAAAAAUAAAAACUAGAAGAUUUUUGCCUGUGAGAUAAUGUUACUGGAUGCUGGCCACCAGUUCCCCGGACUGGGAGUGGGCUCGUUCGCCAGGCAUCACUCAGCAGCGAGCGAAAUGCAGGACAGAGACUUGAGUUUGGCUCAGAACAGCUUUGUGGACUCCGCGCACAUGGGCGCCUUUAAGCUGAACCACGACCUGUCCCCGGGACAGAGCUCUGCCUUCAGCACGCAGGCCCCCGGCUACCCCGCGGCGGCUCUAGGGGCCCACGCCGCCCAUGUCACGUCGUACGCCGGCUCCCCUUUCAACUCCACCAGGGACUUUCUGUUUCGCAGCCGCGGCUUCGGAGAAUCCUCUCCGGCAAGCGGCCAGCACGCUAUUUUUGGCCCCACGGCGGGGUCCCUGCACCACUCCCACACAGACACUCAGAGCCACAUUCUGUUCCCCGGGAUCCACGAGCAGCACGCCUCCCAUGCCUCCCCCAACGUCCUGAACGGCCAGAUGAGACUCGGGCUGCCCGGGGAGGUGUUCGGACGCACCGAGCAGUACCACCAGGUCUCCAGCCCGAGGACCGACCCGUACUCGGCCGCGCAGCUGCACAACCAGUACGGCUCCAUGAAUAUGAACAUGGGGAUGAACAUGGCAGCCCACCACCACCACCACCACCAUCACCCGGGCGCCUUCUUCCGCUACAUGAGGCAGCAGUGCAUCAAGCAGGAGCUCAUCUGCAAGUGGAUCGACCCGGAGCAGCUGAGCAACCCCAAGAAGUGCUGCAACAAAACUUUCAGCACCAUGCACGAGCUCGUCACGCACGUCUCGGUGGAGCACGUCGGCGGGCCGGAGCAGACCAACCACAUCUGCUUCUGGGAGGACUGCGCCCGGGAGAGCAAGCCGUUCAAGGCGAAAUACAAACUGGUGAACCACAUUCGGGUGCACACCGGGGAGAAGCCGUUCCCCUGCCCGUUCCCCGGCUGCGGGAAAGUCUUCGCCCGGUCGGAAAACUUAAAGAUCCACAAGAGGACGCACACAGGAGAGAAACCAUUCCAGUGUGAGUUUGAGGGCUGCGACAGAAGAUUUGCAAACAGCAGUGACCGGAAGAAGCACAUGCACGUCCACACGUCGGACAAGCCUUAUCUGUGCAAAAUGUGCGACAAGUCCUACACACAUCCCAGCUCUCUACGAAAACAUAUGAAGGUCCACGAAUCCACCCCACCAGCGUCAGACUCCUCACCAGCUGCCAGCUCCGGCUAUGAGUCCUCCACACCCCCGGGCCUUGUGUCCCCCACCACGGAGACCCAAAGCAACACCACCCUGUCCCCGGCCUCCGCCGUGCACAACCCCACCAGCCACAGUGGCCUGUCCUCCAAUUUCAGUGAGUGGUAUGUGUAAAGGACUCUCAUCUCACAACCAUUCCACAGGAAACAGGAAGAGGCACACAAAACAUUUUGAUUUUUGUUAUUAUUAUUAUUAUUAUUAAUCCACCAGGGACAGGUGAUCAACAGGAGAAAUGUGUUUAAUAUCGGAGGUGUUUCAUGUUGUAAAUAGUCCUGAAAAGUCCACAUUGGUUGUGCCAGUUUUGUCAGUCUUUGGUGUAUAGAUGUUCCUGCAGGUAGCUCUCUCCUCUUAACUGGAAUUUUAGUGCACAUAUUACCAUGAAUUUGUACCAUACUGUUGAAUAUUGUGAUGCUAUAAGGCAAACUGAUUGUACUAUAACAUCUAUAAACUGGAAAGAGUGCCAAAGUUAACAUUUAAAACUCCCCACAAACCACAAUAAUUAUGAUUGUGAAUGUAUUUUUCCCCCUCUAGCUGGGCUCAACUUGUGAUGUUUAAUUUUUUUAAAUUUUAUUUUCAUUUUUUCGUGCUUUGCAAGUUUUCAAAUUGUGAUAUGAUCUGGAAGAUUGUGAGGACAAUAAACAGUCGUGGCGUUCUUUAUUUUUUAGCCAAUUUUCUUUCUGUAACACACUUCCUUUUUGUAUGUGUGUGUGUGCGAGUGUGUGUAAAUAUCAGCUGCCAUAUUUAUCCCAUUUGUAAUUAAAUUAUGGUAUUUACUUGCUACAGAUGACACAGUAUUUAUAAAGAAUGUUUCUUUGACUAUAAAUAUGUACAAUGACAAGCUGGGGCAUUGGGGGCAGUUGUUCCGUUUUGUGCUUUUAUUUGUAUUUUUUGUUAAAAGUUUUAAGAGGUGUUUUCUUCAUUAUUGUGAUAAGAAUUUUACUGCAUACAAAUAUAAUAAAAGGUGUUGCAAGUGCUA